AAAUAUGCGUCGCCUGUUAUUCCUAUUAUACUGUGCGACCGCAGCUUCAGUAUCCCGAAAGCAAGAUUUGCAACCGGAUGUCAUCAAAUAUACCAUUCAAAUGAUCGGAUAUUCUCCCGAAAUAAAUGACGACUAUGUUGCUGUUUCGAGGCCAGCCAUUGAAGGAUACAUUGUUGGCUUCGAGCCUCUCGCAAAUGCUGAUCGGAUACAUCACAUUUUGUUGUUUGGAUGCACAGAACCUGCUCAUACCAAUGGUUUCUGGAAGGGUGGUGAAACUUGUGCCCCCGGUGCUACGCAUAUACUCUAUGCUUGGGCAAAAAAUGCACCCAGCCUCAAUCUCCCAAGAAAUGUCGGCUUCAGUGUAGGUCACGAAAAUGAUGGUAUUCGCUACCUUGUCUUGCAAGUGCACUACGCCCAGCCAUUUGCUGGUGAUGUGAGAGAUUACUCUGGCGUGACCUUGCAUAUCACUCAGAAGAAGCCUCAAAACUUCGCAGCGGUUCUGCUAUUCGCUUCAGGAGAGCCUAUUCCACCCGGAAAAAGCCAAGUUCAGAUCAACAUGAGUUGCGAAUACGGGGGGAAUACAGAACUGCAUCCAUUCGCUUUCCGAACCCAUACACAUGCUAUGGGUCGUGUCGUGUCCGCUUAUUAUAAGCAUGAAGGUGUAUGGACUAAAAUAGGAGCAAGAAAUCCUCAGUGGCCACAGCUCUUCGAAAUGAUCCCCACCAAUCCAGUUAUUAAAAAAGGAGAUUUGAUGGCAGCGACAUGUCGAUUUGACUCUCAUGACAAAAAGGUGCCUGUACAGAUGGGAAGUAUGGGAGUGAACGAAAUGUGCAACUUCUAUAUGAUGUUCUACUGGGAUGCAUCUGAAGAGAACCCAUUCCCUUGGGGUGCAAUGUGUGGCUUUCAGGAGCGAUCGGAUGAGGUGAGAGCGGGAUAUCCUAAAGAAGGCACACAAUUACUACCUUCUCGACCUGAUCUUGAGCAUCAUGCGGCCCAAAGCAAGUAUCCGUUCGGAAUUAUUGAAAUGGGCGCUUUCACAAAUAUCGACGGUGUGAAGCUGGGCCAGGUUGCUGGGUUAACGUUCUAUAAUGGAAAUCUCGUAAUAUUCCACCGUGCCGGAAGAGUUUGGAACCAGAAUACGUUUGACCAAUACAACGUCCUCCUGGAUAAGACGCCAAUAAACGACGAUGUGAUUUUGAUUGUUGCCUUCAACGGAAACAAAACUCGCCUAGUGAAAAAGCUCGGAAGAAACAAGUACGUCAUAGAUUAUGUUGUAGCAUUGUUCCGUAUCGUUUGUCAGCAAUUCGCUUCAAGGUUUUAUCUUCCUCAUGGCAUUUAUAUGGACAAGGACGGCUUUCUAUACACCACGGAUGUCGGCUCGCAUAUGGUAGCAAAAUGGAAAAUUGAUGGAAAUGAUCUCCAGCUCGUUUGGCAAAGUGGACAAAAACUCCUACCAGAUAGUGAUAAAACCCAUUUCUGCAAGCCAGCCGGUGUAGUGAAGACAGAUGAAGGUGUUUUUGUCGCUGACGGCUACUGCAACAACAGAAUUGUACAGCUGAAUAGUGAAACUGGGAACAGGGAGAACGAGUUCGGACUGCCCGGCAAUGGACCUGCGCAGUUCAAUUUGCCCCACGAUAUAGUAAGCAUGCCGACCGGUGGUCAUCUCUUGGUAGCAGACCGUGAAAACGGUCGGGUUCAGGAGCUGUCAACACAUGGAGAUUUCAUCAUAGAAUGGGCUUCAGGACUUUUCUCGAACAUUUACUCCACCGAUGCUCAGGACGAUUACAUCUAUCUGCUACCUGGUCGUGCUAGCCGUGAAUCUGAAGCCAUCCGUGCCUUUGUCGGUCGCGCUGGCACGGGCCUCAUCGAGUAUAGCUUCGCUCCUACCAGCCGUCCAUUCGGUCAACCACAUGUGAUCCGCGUUUCACCUGACGGUCGCGACAUAUUCAUAGGCGACAUAGCUAAUGGAAAAUCAACACUUUGGAUGUUUAGGGUACGCCAGCAUGCUGUUAUGGUCCCAUCAUAA